UGUAUUGCCAGUUGGUCGGACUCUGCCGAGAGGACUGCAUGUCUACACGUUCAACAGACAAGCAACAUGAGCUCAUUAGUGCAAGCCUGGCCUUCUGUGACACUUGUUCUCCUGCUGGGCCUUCAUCACGCUUCAUGUUUCUGGAUCCUCAAUGUUGUCUUUCCUCCUGAGACGAAAGCUCAAGCCCCAAGCAACAGCACGCCACCGCUGAUUAUCGUACCGGGGAACCUGGGGAACCGCCUGGAAGCUAAGAUAGACAAACAACAACUGGUCCAUUGGCUGUGCUACACGAAAACAGAUCACUGGUUCCCCUUAUGGAUUGACCUCAACAUGUUCAUGCCUAUCGGUGUAGACUGCUGGAUCGAUAACAUUAGACUUGUAUACAACAGGACGGCAAGGCGGUCAUUCAACUCGCCAGGGGUGCAGGUGCGGGUGCCGGGGUUUGGACAAACCUAUCCCAUUGAGUUUCUUGACAAUAACAACUUAGCAGGUUAUUUUCACACCAUGGUGCAGCAUUUAGUCAAUAUUGGCUACACGCGAAACGAGACUGUCCGAGGAGCACCGUAUGAUUGGAGAUUAACUCCUGAUGAGAAUGCAGAAUAUCUGAUGAAGUUGAAGGACCUGGUGGAACAGAUGUACAACCAGCACCAGCAGCCCAUCUACUUGCUGGGACACAGUAUGGGCUGCCACUAUGUUCUCUACUUCCUCAACAGCCAGCCUCAGGCCUGGAAGGACAAGUAUAUCAGGGGCUUCAUUUCCCUGGCGGCGCCGUGGGGGGGUGCUGUUAAAGUACUAAAAGUCAUGGCAUCAGGUGACAAUGAUGGCAUCCCAAUGAUUUCCAACAUAAAGAUUCGGGAAGAACAAAGGAUGACAAUGACGAAUCCCUGGAUGCUGCCAACAGAGAAGGCGUGGCCCAAGGACCACGUGUUCAUAUCCACGCCAAACUUUAACUACACCAACCAGGACUACCGACGCUUCUUCAAAGAUAUCAAUUUUGAGGAUGGCUGGUACAUGUGGGAGGACUCCAAGAACCUGACAGGUGAUCUCCACCCUCCCGGUGUUGAAGUGUGGUGUAUGUACGGCGUUGGACUCCCAACUCCAGUGACGCAUAUUUACGAUGAGGAAUAUCCCAACGCAGACCCCGUAGACUUUGUAUACGACGAUGGGGACGACACGGUGGAUAGCCUCAGCAUGAGUCUAUGCAAACGAUGGGCGGGACAGCAGGAGAAGCCCGUACACGUUACAGAGUACAGAGGAUUACCUCACCUGGAUAUUGUAUUCCACGAAAAGGUGCUCAUUCAAAUCCAGCAGAUCUUACAGGGUAUAUCAGAUACACCCAAAGAGGUUGAUGUCAGAUCUGGACAAAAUAACACCAGCAUUUAGAAGUUUUAAAAAAAAAGGUGUUGUUACACCCGCAAACGUAAUAACUGCCCACAAACGUAAUACAAAUCUGCAGCUUUGAAUGUAAUAAUCCCGCAAAUGUAAUAAAUUUCCCACAAACGUAAUCAAAUUUGCCCACUGCAAACGUAAUACUGAAAUUAUUACAUUUGUGGGCGUACAUGUGCGUUUUAGUUACAGUAUAUUAUUGUAUGUGUGAUUUUUGUGUGUACAUGGGGAAGAAAUAAUCAAAAGAAAUAAUAAAAUAUAAUUUUAUUAAAACAA